GGCACCAUCGGUGGAUGCACUGCUCAGUCAAUUUCGUAGAGGCCAACGCAGAACAUCGAAGUGAGCAAAAAUAAAAAACCUCGCCACAACGAAAACAACGUCUUCACUGCCAGUAUUAUCGAGCAGAGGGUGAACAAUAUUAAACAAAACAUAGGAAAUAAACAAAUCGCCAAUUUACUGUACUUAAUUUUCCACUUACGGAUUUAAAAAAAAAAAUACAACCAUAAGAAAAAUAUGGACUGAAGUGUGAUAUAUUGUAGCAGACAAAUUUUUGUGAGUGCUAACAGAAUACUUAAUUUUGAUAAUCGCCUGUACAUAUGUAUAUCUGUUGCGUCAAUCUGCCGUCUUGUGAACAGUCACUGUCAACGUAAACAAACUUACAUCUGCAACACACAAAAUAAACACAAACAAACGUUCAAUUUUAAAACUAAAUAAAAACACGCAGUCUGUAAAGUAUAUAAGUUCAUACAUACAACUAUAUUUACAUGCAUAUAUGACAAUUUGUUUUUAUAGGAAUUUAUUUGCACAGUCAGCUACAACAAAAAUAUACACAAAGUACCAACUCUUAAAACAAGCAUACAAUAAUUUUCAAAGCACCAUGGAGAUGCGUUCAAAACUUGGUAGCUUCGAGCUGAAAGACUGUAGUGCUGAGAGUGCCGCCGAACGUUUACUUUCAAUUAUACAUACAGAACCAGUUAAGGUAAAUCGUAAACAUGGGGCCAUUUCAUUUUCAGAAGCUUUAUCGCUUACCGGUAAGUUAAUUUUACACCACGUAAAAACUACGUGAAUACCAACAAAGUGACAUCUAAUAAUUUUUUUCCAUUCGUAGGUUUUGGUAAGUUCAAUUACUUCCUCAUCUUCAUCUGUGGCAUGAUUUUAGCGAAUGUCCUACUGGAGACUGCGGCCAUGGGUUUUAUAUUACCAAUUGCACAAUGUGACUUAAAUCUUACAAAUCAGGACAAGGGCAUCUUGAGCGCUAUAAGCUUUGCUGGUAUCAUUACAAGUUCGCAUCUGUGGGGCUUUUUGGCGGAUACAAAGGGACGCCGGAAAGUGAUCAGACCGACGUUGUUGGCUGGAUUCAUAGUAACCCUACUCUCCAGUUUCUCGCACACAUUUUGGGUUAUGGUUUUGUUGCGAUUUAUUAAUGGAUUUUUCGUGUCUGGCGGUUCGGCAACAGUUUAUGCCUACCUAGGCGAAUUCCACACGGAUAAGACCCGUUCGCGCGCUAUGAUGGGUUCCUCAUUUAUCUUCGCCAUCGGUGCCAUGAUUUUGCCAAUGAUUGCCUUUAUUGUUAUAAACCAAGAUUGGGUGCUGCCUUUGCCAUUUUUGGGCAUCGUUUACAAGCCAUGGCGUUUAUUUUUGAUCGUCUGUGGCAUACCAGGUCUACUUUGCGGCUUGUCGAUGUUUGCUUUGCCCGAGAGCCCAAAAUUCUUGCUGGCCCAUGGCAGAGAAGCAAAAGCGAUUGAGGUGCUGCAGAAGAUGCAACGCUGGAACGGUGGUACUCAAGAUAUGAAGCUAAAGCACAUUCUUCCCGAAGAAGAACAGCCUGGCUCUAUGAUGCAGUUGAAUAACAAAUCGGCUUCUAAAGAAAACUUUGCCACCGCCUUCAUGAAGAGCAUGUGGAAUCAAACAGUGCCUCUGUUUCACAAACAAUACAUUCGCGUCACAUUGAUCGUUUGCAACAUGCAAUUCUGGUUGUAUGUGGUGACGAAUGGCAUGUAUAUGUGGUUCCCUCACAUAAUCAACAGCAUGGUCGAGUUCAUGAAUGCUCACCCAGGCGAACAUAAACAGAUCUGCCAUAUUGUAUAUGACAAACAUGAGAGCUUAUAUAAGACUGAUGGUACAAUGGAAUGCGUAGCUAAAUUGGAAAAUACAACAUACUUUUACUCAUUAAUUAUGGAAAUAUUGUACGCUUCCUCCUUUGCUUUCAUUGGCUUGGUCAUCAAUCGUGUUGGCAAAAUGACCAUUCUUUUCAUUUCCACAAUAUUAUUUUCCUCAUGCGGCCUCGCUGCUGUAUUUGUGGCCGACCCCUCGAUUGCCGCGUACUUGUAUGUCCUUUUCUUUUUAGUGGGGGUAGCGAUAAAUGUUCUAGGAGCGGCUACUGUUGAGCUUUAUCCAACCCAAAUGCGUGCCAUGGCUAUAUGCGUUUCGCUGAUGUUUGGCCGCUUAGGAAGUGUUGUAGGCGCUAAUAUAGUGGGCGCACUGCUUGCCAAUAACUGCGAGCUGACUUUUUAUGCCGCUUGUAUCGCUUUGUAUAUCUGCGCUUGUAUGGCACUUCUGAUUCCACGAAGAACCCUGGCGCCUCCAGCUAAACCCGUCUUGGACGAGGCAUAGAAUUGUGACCUGUUAUAUAUUUUAAAUUGCGACUUAAAUGCGGGGAGCAGACUUAACUUCGCGACAACUGGAAAGGAUAAGAACGCCGUUAUUAUAAAUUGUGAUGAUUGUUUGUAUGAUUUUUUGUGUGUGUGCUUAUUUUAUUAUUACUUUGUGUGCAAGAGUUUAAUUAAUUUUUCUUGUAUGUGUGGAAGAGAUUGAGCGAUUGGUUGUCUAGAAAAUGUGAAUUGAGUAAAGAAUUUAAUAAAGGAAUUGAAAAAUUUAAUAUAAC